GGCUGGGGCGGGACAGGGCGGCCAGAUACGAACAGAGCAGGACCUGGAAAGCUGGUCUGCACGGGCCGGAGCCUGCCACCGAGCCGCAACAUGGCGUGGUCCGUGGCCUGGGCAGGUUUCAUGGUGCUGCUGGUGAUCCACUGGGGCUCUGCUGCAAAACUGGUCUGCUACUUCACCAACUGGUCCCAGUACAGAGAGGGGGCAGCUCGCUUCUUGCCCAAGGACGUGAACCCCAACCUGUGUACCCACCUUGUCUACGCCUUUGCCGGCAUGAACAACCACCAGCUCAGCACCAUCGAGUGGAAUGACGAGGCUCUCUACCAGGCGUUCAACGGCCUGAAGAAAAUGAAUCCCAAGCUGAAGACUCUGUUAGCCAUUGGGGGCUGGAGCUUCGGCACUCAGAAGUUCACAGAGAUGGUGGCCACAGCCAACAACCGCCAGACUUUCAUCAGCUCAGCCAUCGAGUUUCUGCGCAAAUACGGCUUUGAUGGCCUUGAUCUUGACUGGGAGUUCCCAGGAAGCCGGGGGAGCCCUGCCGUGGACAAGGAGCGCUUCACGGCCCUGGUGCAGGACUUGGCCAGCACAUUCCAGAAAGAAGCCCAGACCUCAAGGAAGGAGCGACUCCUCCUGAGUGCAGCCGUCCCAGCCGGGCCAGCCCUUGUGGAUGCUGGAUAUGAGGUGGACAAAAUUGCCCAGAACCUGGAUUUCAUCAGCCUUAUGGCCUAUGACCUCCACGGCUCCUGGGAGAAGGUCACAGGACAUAACAGCCCCCUCUACAAGAGGCAGGGGGAGAGUGGCGCGGCGGCCCAACUCAAUGUGGAUGCUGCCGUACAGCUGUGGCUGAAGAAGGGGACCCCCGCCAACAAACUGAUACUUGGCAUGCCCACCUACGGACGAUCCUUCACUCUGGCCUCCUCAUCAGACACCAGGGUGGGGGCCCCAGCCACAGGGCCUGGCAGCCCUGGCCGCUUCACCAAGGAAGCAGGGGUGCUGGCUUACUAUGAGGUCUGCUCCUGGAAGGGGGCCACUGUGCACAGAACCCAGGACCAGAAGGUGCCCUACAUUGUCCAGAACAACCAGUGGGUGGGCUUUGAUGACGUGGAGAGCUUCAAAGCCAAGGUCGCCUAUCUGAAGCAGAAGGGCCUGGGUGGGGCCAUGGUCUGGGCACUGGCCUUGGACGACUUUGCUGGCUUCUUCUGCAACCAGGGCCGAUACCCCCUCAUCCAGACGCUGCGGCAGGAGCUGAGUCUUCCAGAUGUGCCUUCAGGCCCCUCAGAGCCUGGAGUUCAAACCACAGGUCUUCCCUCUAAACCUGAGCAUGGCCCCGACCCUGGACAAGACACCUUCUGCAAGGGCAAGGCUGAUGGGCUCUAUCCCAACCCCCAGGAACCGUCCAGCUUCUACAGCUGUGCCGGGGGGCAGCUGUUCCAGCAAAACUGCCCGGCAGGCCUGGUGUUCAGCUCCUCCUGCAAAUGCUGCACCUGGAAUUGAGUCCCCAAGGCCGGGCCUGGGAUCCGCUGCAGCCUGCCUCCUCCACUUUCCUGGGGACUAUCGGGCUCCCGCCCGCCUCUCUGUGGUCUUUCCUAUCCAAGCUUUCUGCUCUCAGCCUUUGCUUCCUUCCUUCUGAGUCUCCUGGGAGGCCUCUUUCACUUGCAAAAUAAAUCUUUGGUUUG